GAACGAUCGCUGUCUGCCACUCAUUCAAGGCUCAGUUUGCUUUCAACUGGGAGCCGAUGAACAUCAGAAUUAAGUAAAUUAAUCAAGGAUGCAAUUAAUAAGCCUGGCACUAGCGUGCCUUUUUACCAUAUUUCAUUGUCAACUAAUCGGUGCACUUCCUAAUGACAGUGUACUGCCAAUGGCUAGAAAUGGACGAAGAACUUCAACCCAGCCUCCAGAUACAAGUGCUCCAUUCCUCAUCAGUGAUAGAGCCACUGUUAUGAAGGUUAAUCGACAACGCUGGAAAGAACUAGGAGAAGCCAUGGUAAGAAUACGUCAGUCACCUGAUACAUACCGAUUGAUCGCAAGUGGUGAAACUGCUGACGCAAGCGUUAUCUUUGAUGGCGACAUAAGAGACAUACACCCUACACUUCCUACACCCGGUGCAAAACUCAUCUUCUUCAGUUAUCAAAAUGUUACGUACGGAUUUAACUUUAAUGAUGCCAGGAGAGCAAAUUUAUUCUACCAGGCUAUGUCACAAGCUAAGAACAUCAUUUGGGAUCCCAAUCCCAAACAACUGAACAACCCACCGGCACCGCCAGCUACUGAACUUUCCAAUGAGCAAGAAUCUGACGACAUACUUCAAGUGUCAAACCAACAAUCCCAAAAUCUAGCGCCAAGUUAUGAUGAUGCUGAUCACAGUACCCAGCAACGACAUAUCUGCACCAUAUCAACGGAAUUCUACGAUUGCCAGAUCGAAGGAGUACACAUUAAAGAUGGAGAAAUUCAUGAGUUCAGACCUGAACCACACAAGCAUAUCACAUUUAGGGAUUCUGUUUUACGGUAUCUGCCAAAAUCAUUGAUUGAUGCAUUCCCAAACAUGACACUGCUAAACUUAAACCAACUCAAGAUCACUAGCAUAGAAAAUAAUGCUUUUCAUAAUGCUGGAGAACUGGAGCAUUUAUACCUUCAAGAAAACCGUUUGAAGGAUUUCCCUAAAAAAGUGCUCGAUGGUGCACGUAAAUUGAAAACAUUAGUUUUAUCUGACAACUCAAUAGAAACUAUGCCGUAUAAUUUCAAGAACAAUAAUAAUUUAGACAAUCUUUAUAUAAAUAAUAAUAAUCUUAAUUUACUGCCAUCAUUUGAAUACAUAACACAAUUACAAAACUUUAGCGCAUCACGUAAUGAACUUGGACAAGUUGAUAGUAAACAAUUCAUGAAGCAAAAUAAAAUCGAAAACAUCGAUCUAUCACACAAUAAAUUGGAAAAACUGAUUCUACGACUAACAUCUCGAGUUCUUCGAAUUGUUGAUCUUAGUAACAAUAAAUUGACUCAGCUGGAUAUAACGUUGCAUAUGGAAAAUCUGAAUGUUGAAAAUAAUGAAUUGUCAUCAUUUCUAGUAGGAAAUGAGUGCUUGCUGAAAUCAUUGAAAAUGUCUAACAAUACACUCGAAUCACAACCUGUUCUUUCAAAUUGUCAAUUAUUAGAAUUCUUAGAUUUAUCCAAAAAUUCAUUGUUAUCUUUUCAAUAUCCAGAAACUUUAAGUAGACUACGAUAUAUUAAUCUCACACGCAACAACUUAUUUGAAUUUUCAACACCAAAAAUAAAUAAGAACUUCGAACUUGUUACGCUAGAUUUGUCUCAUAACCAACUGUCUUAUUUAUAUUCAAUGCAGCCAUUUAAACAUUUGAAAGAUUUAAAACUAAACGAUAACGCAUUCAUUGCUAUCCAGAAGAACAGCUUACCAAAAUCACUAACUCUUUUGUAUGUAGCAAAUAAUGAAUGGAAAUGUGAUGAUGUGCCUAAUUGGGGGACACUGGCUCAAGAUGCAAAUGAUGAUUGUAAAAAUGGAUUUACGCAAACGGAAGGUAUUUGUUGCAAGAACUACAAAAAAGCUUUCAAUGAUGUACUGAACGAAAUGAUGAGAGAAGCCUAUUUUCAUGAACGAGCAAACCAAAAUGAAUUGAAAGGGAAGUGUACAUCUUAUCAACCAAUUAGAACGAAUGAUGACGACUUGGAGCGCAUUCGGCAAUUAGCUGCUAGCACAGAUAAAAAUAAAGCAAAAGUUUACGAACAGUUAGCAAACACUAAAAAUUCGAUAGCGUCUAGUAAUGCCAAUUUAAACAAUCUUAAACAAAAUCAGGCUCAGUCUAGCAGUGUCAAACGAUCUAUGGCAAUGAAGAUCGAAGAGAAGCGUCAAAUGUAUCAUGUCACAAAAGAAGGAUUAUUAUCCGACAAGCAAAUGCUAGGCAGAGUGGUCGACUAUGUUCAAGAAAGAGACGCAUUUUCCAAAACCAUGUUGAAUGGACGAAAGGAAGACACCCAAAACACUAAAAGGUUGUUAGAACAAAAGAAGCUAGAGAACAAUCAAUUAGCCGCUAAUAUUGAAAAUAUAAAUAACAGUUCUUUCGAGUUUAAAAAUAAGGAAAAAGAAUUGAAGAAACAGAUUGAGAGACUUAUGAAAGAAAUCAACAGGAAUUCUCCUUCAAUCCAUGGAAAGACAGGUAGAUCAUAAGAGUUUCUUUAAUAAAAUCCAGUGUCCAAAUCGCA